AUGCGUCGACUCCAGCGCUUGACAGCGUUAUGGCUCACCCCCUUGGUGGCGGCGACUGAAUAUGCUGGCAAGUCUCAAAUCGAGACUUUGACCACAGAUGUCCUUCUGGUCGGCGGCGGCUCUUCAGGUACUUACGCAGCCAUCCAGCUGCACGAUUCGAACAAAAGCACAAUCGUUGUCGAACGCACCGGUAAACUUGGUGGACAUGCGGAUUCGUAUUACGGGCCGAACGGCGAUGUCUACAAUGUCGGCGUGCAAAUCUUCUACGACAUUCCUGUCGUUACCGACUAUUUCGCCCGCCACGGCGUCCCUCUUUUCACAGCGCCGACAAAUGCUACAUCGAGCACUAUCAAUGCGGACUUCUCGCUUGGCGUGGCAGCUCCCCCAGGAAACGUGAGCCUCACAGAAAUUGGUAUUGCCAUCCAGCGAUAUACGGAGUAUCUUGCAGCAAACUUCUCUACCGUUUACCCAGGGUAUUACUUGCCAAAUCCGGUACCCGAGGAUCUCUAUAUGCCCUGGGGCGACUUCAUGUCAAAGUAUGGCCUCGGUGCUAUCGCAAACCUAAUCAACAGCUAUAUCCAACCGGCGGAAGCAUGGAAAGAGCCCGCUCUGUUUCCUCUUAAGCUGCUCAGCCUAGACCCAGUAAGAGGCAUCACGUCGGGAUUCAAGGUCACGCGGGAUGUUAACGACCUUUAUCGAUCUGCUGCCUCUAUUCUUGGCAACAGUGUUCUCUACAACUCGAGUGUUACCAGCCUUUGUCGAUCUGAUUCCGGAGUAGAGGCCAUUGUACAGACACAAUCAGGCAUCAAACGCAUCGUAGCCAAGAAACUUUUGGUGACAACGCCACCCGUGUCCGAAAAUUUCGAAGGCUGGGACAUGGCCGACGAGGAAACAGAACUGUUCAGCAAGUUCAUAAGCCAGCAAUACUAUGCCGGCGUUAUUCGUCACUCCGGCCUGCCUCAAGCCACAUUGCAAAACGUCGCCUUCACGACACCGUUCAACAUCCCUGUUCUUCCAACUCUCUUCAACAUCGUCCCAACGGGAUUUCAAGACAACACUUCAGUGGUAUAUUACACUGCGCACGAGCGCAUUGAACCUGAGGCAGUCAAGGCUGAUACGGUAGCCACUUUGGAGAGGCUGGCUUCUGGAGGUGUCAUUGGCGAGUCGGAAACCGAGUUCCUGGCGCUGUACGACCAUCCACAUGUUCGAAUGUACGUUGAAUCAGAUGAUGUUCGUGAUGGGUUUUAUUCAAGAUUGUACGCAUUGCAAGGCCAGCGGAAGACGUACUGGACUGGUGCAGCGUGGGUAACCCAAGCUUCUUCACCCAUUUGGGACUUCACAAAGAGUAUUGUUUCAGACCUACUGGCUGACUUUCUGUUUCAAUAUCUCGACACCAUCCGACAAGUCAGCAUGUGCAGUGUCGCUUUAAUCACAAUUGUCACUCUCACGGCUACCGUGGCUGCUUUACCGAGUGCAUCACGGCCGGUCAUGUCCACCGAUAAUCUUCCCGACAUUGCAUCAGUCAUGUCCGUCCCAACAGCCGCAUUCGUGAGUUAUCCAACAGGAAAUCUCGUCCGAGCCGACAUGAUAAAUGCUACUACAGUAGGCCCGCUACCGACGGCCGCCGUCAGGGAACGAUGGGCGUGCGCUUCAUCCCCAAUUUUCACAUGGGGAGACGAGGACAGCGGUGGGGUCGGCGUGACAAUCACAAAUGCAGAUGGGGAUUGGCGGGCAUUCUACAUCUACCAGAACCUUUGCGACUACGUUCCCUUGAAAUAUCUUUGGAUCGCAGCAAAACACACCGUUUUCGUUUCCCUGCCAGCCGACUUUCAAGGACGCAUCACCCGUGGUACGGACGAGUGGAAUCUCGGCGGCGUUCCCAGACCACUUGGGACUUGGUUCGAGCUUGCUGUCGACAAUCGAAGUUGGAUCUGGGGAGACGUCUCCCUCAUCCGGGGAUGUGAUGGCGCGGUGCUCAUGUGGGCACUCGACGGCUCCGGUGCGUGGAAGGGAUUUACCCAAGACGUUGUGGAUGGUGCGCCCUCGGGAGUAGCUCCAUCUGGUGCGUACGACAUUAAGCCCUCCGGGCGAUGGGUCAUUGCGGCUACAGAGAACUGGGACGGGUCAACGAAUAUCGUCCCCAUGAUUUGGGAUCUGGAGAAAGUCGGCCCAGAGUAUGUCUACGUUGAUGACGCUCACGGAAACCCGGUGAUCGCGUCUAAGAAUGGUCGUUUUGCAACUUAUUGGCCACCAGGAAUACUUUAG